CAUCUGCAAGAAUAUGAAUAUCUAGUGUGGAAGAUAGAGAAAACCAGUGUGGUGUGGUGAUGGCUUCUUCACUCAUCUCCAAACAAAAUUUUCAGUUCCAAUUCCCUUCUCUCUUUCUUCAUCAACCAAACACACAGUUGCAUUUGAAAUCAUGCAUUCCAAAUUUUCCUUCAUCAGUUGAAGCUUUUUCUCAUUUGAACCUCAAACUCAAGCACAGGACUUCAAGAGCCUCUUCUGAAGAUCUUCCUUCUGAAUUGGCUGAGGAUUCCAAAUUUGUCCCUUUAACUUCAGAGGAUUCAAAUUAUGGCCCCCCUGUAAGUUCUGUAGUUUUGUGUUUGGCUUUAGUCACACUUCCUUCCAUAUUUUGGCAACAGAUACAACAAUUUCUGAAGGAGUUGGAUGGUGAAUUUCUUGAGGUGAUUUUCUGCACUGAGGACAUGAUCAAUCGUUCGCUAUGGGAAGCAGUGAACACCAAACAAUCUAAUCUGGAAACAUUGAAGGUUGCAACAUCAGUUCCGCGAAUUUGCUUCCUAUCCGGUCUUACCGGGGAGGAGAUGAUGAUGUUCAUCGAUGCCUUCCCUGAAAGUGGUUUGGAACCUCCCAUAUUCGCGGCCCUCGUCCCACACAGCGCCGACAAACCUUUAGCAGAGUUGAUAGACGAGAUCAUGGGAGACCAUGAAAUGCUAUCUGCGCGGCAAACAAGCUAGAAAGGGCAUGAUUGCUGGGAAGUUUAAGGUGAGAUUGCAAUCUAAAUUUUCCAUUUAAGCUGUGAGAUGAAAGUAGGUGCAAACUCUUAUGGUGUUUGUUAACAUUAUGUAAACUGAAGAGCCUCUUUCGAAGCACAGGACUUCAAGAGCCCUUGAAGUCCUGUGCUUUUUGAAUAUUCUAAAGCACCACUUUUCAUACAGUAGUUGCUAAAGGUAUGAUCAUGUAAAUUUUUCCAUGGUGGUGAAUCUUGGAUCAGGAAUUUCAAUAUUCUAGAUAUGUAUAUUCUGAAUGAAAUAAUUAAGGUUGCUUUUGCACUAGAGGAUUUGAAGAAUAUAUUUCCAAAUCUCAAACAAA